AGGUUCCUACUUGACUUUUGGUUGUUGUGUUUCUCUCUCUGUUUAGUGAUCAUGUUUUAAAAGUGUCCACUUUUCUGUGAUAUGGAAUUUAUUAGAUGACAGGGAUCAAGUGGAAACUCAAUUAGUGUGUGGGAAUACUAGUCUUCAACUAAAUAUUCUUUGAGAUAUUCCCGAUCCACUCAAAAUCCUCAUCUGUACAUCGAACUGAACAUUGGCGCAACAGUUCACACUUCGUAUUUCUUCAUAUCCUCACCCCAGAAGUUGUGUCAGGGAGUGUGCGCUUUGUAAUGACGAAUUAAGUAAUGCCAAAAGCUUUUCCGUAAGCCAUUAAGUGAUGCUAAAUGGUGAUCUGAGGUGUAAAAACAUCCAGGAAGUGCAGGACUUAAUGGUCUGAUAUUUUUAGCCUCAACUGGAGUUGUGGGUUUUUACGACUGGAACUGGUUAUGACUAAUUUUGACACUGCAACUGAUCAUAACGAAAAUAUGAUCACAUAACUAUAGUUAUAUGGGGUGGAUUUUGAUAGCCUUCCCUGACUUUGCUACACUGAAUUGGCAAUCUGUUGACACAGUCCAAACAGUGUAGGACGCUAAGUUCCGAGCAUUUUUGGUUGACACAGUUUUUCAAGUGGUAGUGUUAAGGUUUGUUUUCAUCCUGUAAGUCCCAUCAUGACUUCCGAGAUUCGUCCUCGCUAAUAAAUGUCAGUGUGGAAACAUACUGAAAUGUGUCACCAAAUUAGUUGCAUCCUGGGAUCAACAUCAUAAUUGUUUGCAUUUUAGUGAUCAUACUAUAACAGUUUAUGUUAUCUUCGCUGCUGAUAGAUAUUCACCGCAGUGGGGAUGCCGGUGACGAUAGUUACCGUAUUACAAUUUAGCUGUUAAUAAUCAGAUAUCUGAUUAUCUACAAACAACUAUGUGUUUGGAAGUCUAGGGGUUGUUUUUCAGACUGACUACCCUGUUCUAAACCCUUUAGCUCCUUUAUUUCUCAACAUUAUACUACUUUAUAUAAUAUAUUUCUUGUUCAGCGAACUUGGUAACGAAGAGCUUGGUCAUUUUACGUAACCUAACUAUUGAUAUCUAGUAGCAAACCAAGUACUAACCGAGGUUUGUAGUCUUGUAAGUCGAAAUGAACCACCAUUGAUAUUCGCAUUAUUCAUUUUUCAAGACGUGGAAAUCUGCGCGCAGCGAAAGACCAUCAAAUGCGGCAUACAAAAUUAAAUGUUGGUCGUAGCUCACUCGGUUCAAUAAUAAUUGUCUAACUUACAAGCAAAUUCUGUUUUUUUAUUCAGAGCAUUUUGCAUAGACCGUCUAUAGUCACUCCAACAAUCGGCCUCGACCUAACCGAGGACCAUUUUUGUCUGUUUUUUGUACUCAGUGUAUUUACUUGAGAUGAUAAGACUUCGGAAUUUUUUCUGCUUUCGUGUUUAUAUAUUUGUUUGUCUACUUCCAUCCGAAAUAUUUUUACUACGGAUUGAUUAUUUGUACAGACUCAUAAGUUUUUCGUUGCCACAGUAUUCACAACUAGUGAAAAGUAUGUCUAUACAUAGUCACCUUGUUUUCUCCUCAUUCACAUCUUAAUACUUCUCAAAAGUCAUCGUUUAACUAAUAAGAUACUUGGGAACAUGUUUUGUUCUGUGCCGGAUUAGACUUAACAAGAUUUGUUUGCUUUUCAUGUGAGUACAGGUUGUUUACAAUCACAAUUCAACGGCUUUUUUUCAGUUAUGGGUUCUCCCUUUCCCCCAUAUAAUGUUCGUGCUGAAUAAUGGGAGUUCACUUCCCCCAUUGAAUCUUAUAACUAUGGCUACUGUAAUCGAAGCAAAUGGGCCAGUUUACAAUGGACCUGGAGCCAGCAAACCUAGCUCCCCAUUUGUACUCUGUAAUCUUGAGUUAUCUCAGCGUGCUGCUGUAGAAAAGGCCAAAAAGUAUGCAAUGGAACAAAGUAUACGUUCGGUGCUUUUACGUCAAACUCAGUCACAGCAGUCCCUUCAACUAAAUAAUAUAAAAAAGAAUCAAACUGUUGCACUCCUGAAUCGAGUUUACGUUGGUUCAAUAGCAUAUGAUGUAAAAGAAGAUAGUCUAAAACAGGUGUUUUCACCGUUUGGUCCUAUUAAGUCUGUGAAUUUAAGUUGGGAUCCUUCUACACAAAAACAUAAAGGGUUCGCAUUUCUUGAAUUUGAAUAUCCCGAAGCUGCACAAUUAGCUAUUGACCAGAUGAACGGUACUAGCUUUGGUGGGAGGCAGUUAAAAGUUGGUAGACCAAGUAACCUAACAAACGCCGAACCUGUCAUAAAUGAGCUAGUUAAUGAGCACAAUCUUCAUAACCGCAUUUACGUUGCUGGCAUACACUUAGAUCUCACUGAAGAUGAUGUUUCUUUAGUAUUUGAAGCUUUUGGGAAAAUAGUGUUUUGCAAGCUUCAACCUGAUCCAACUAGACCGAUGCGCCAUAGAGGUUUCGGUUACAUAGAAUAUGAAUCCACUCAGAGUGCAGCUGAUGCUGUUGGUAGCAUGAAUCAGUUCAAUCUUGGUGGACAGCUUUUGAGAGUAUGCAAAGCUAUCUCACCUCCGGACGGUAUUUCAAGUGCCAGUUCUUCCAACCUCCCACCCGCGGCAGCUGUGGCUGCGGCUUCGGCCACUGCUAAAGUUUUGUCAAUGGAAACAGAGCAGCUCCCUGUGAAUUCUUAUUCAAAGCAACCCGAAGUGGCUCAUCCUGUAGUACUGAAUACUCUGUCCACAACAACACAGUCUAUCAAUAUUACCAACAGCUCUUUAACUACAUGUUCUCCCUCAACAGUCCCAACUACUGGCCAAUCGACAUUUGACCAGCCUUCAUUAAGUGUUUUAUCUGCUAAUUUCUGCAUAUUCCGCAAUUUUUCUGGGGAUUAUAUGUAUACUGAGAUAGUAUAAUAAUGAUAAUGAUAACAACAAUAAGUUUGCUGACAAUUUACUGUAUGUGCCUAAACGACCAAUAUUCUACGUAAUAUUCUAACCUGCUCCCAAAAUUAACAAUCAAAACUCCAUGAAUCUCAGGCUCGUACAUCGUAUCCGGCAGGCGUCUGGCUUCGUACAUCGUAUUAUUCUGCACUAUUAUGUGGUUAUAUAUUAUAAAAUACAAGACUAUGAUGCACCAAAAGUAAAUACUCAUAUAUUCACUUUUAUGUCUCAUACUCUAGAUUAUCCCUCAAACAGGCAACCUUUUAAAUUGAAAGUGGUAAUUAUUUGGCAUUCUAAAUGUAUCGUUCAGUUACAAUUUUAUUAAUGUGCCUGAGGCUACAUACAUGAGUAAAGUCAAAAAUGAUAAUAGCAGAUUCAAAGCACUAAACCUUGAAAUGUUCAUCUUGUUUGAAAUUGCAAUCUGACGCUUUAUACGUGAAUAAUGUCUAAUGCUGAUUUAUUCAUAACUAUACUUCAAAAAUUUAAAUUUCAUAUAUUUGCGCUACAGAAUUCCGUUUCAAUCUUUUGAGUAAAAUAGUUCCCCACAUAAUUGUACUAUAUAUUGUGUAUGGUUUUAUUGCAAUAUUAAUGUUCAUUAGAUUGGCUAUUGAUACUCAAACUUUAUAACUCGAUCUUGUACUCACAUUUUAAAAAAUUUUAACAGCUGAAUUUAAUGCAACAUUCCCACAAGUGACUAAUUACAAUGAGAAUUCUAAUGCUGUUGCUGUAGGGACUUGGCAAUCUGAGGUGCCCGGGCAUUAUUCACACGCCCAACCUUCCUCUGCAUCUCCAAGUAGCUUCACAUCACAUUCUGCUUCCUCCGGAAAUCCAAACGUUUUCUCAGGCGGUGUUUUGAUUUUACGAAAUAUGGUCGGUCCAGAAGAUUGUGAUGACGAACUAGAAGGAGAAGUGGCCGGAGAGUGUUCAAAAUAUGGAUUGGUUGAGAAAGUGUUAAUUCAUCAAGACAGUGCUCAUGAAACAAAUGAACAAUUCGUCAAUAUUUUUGUUGUAUUUUCUGACUCGUGUUCAGUACACAAUGCUGCAAAUGCAUUAAAUAAGCGCUACUUCGCUGGGAGGCAAAUAACUGCCGAGCCAUACGAUGUGGAAGCUUUUAUGAUGAAUGACUUAUCUCGUUAACUUUCUAGGUGUACUGUUUUUUCUAACAGCUUUGUUUCUUGUAAAUACUAAAUAUAGACACGAUUUUGAUGUU